GUAUACUGAAUUAUUUUUGCUUUGGAAUAAAAUAACACCAAUUCUGGUCAAUUAAUAGUAAUUUGCAGUGAAUGUUGAUGUAUGCUAAAGAUGUUAUUACUUCACAGAAAGUGCAGCUGUUAUUAUCACCAACAUGGUCAUAGGCUCCCCCCCCUCCGAAUCCAACCUAAGGGUGACAUAAGGCAAUGCAGGGAAUCCAGGGUAAAUGGUGGUUCACAAACAACGCUCCCUCGGUGUCAUCGGGGUUGCUAAACUUUGUGUAAAAUAGAUAGGUGGAGUGUACCUUUAAAAAAUGUUACUAUCUUAAAAGCUGCUGUUAAAUACUCCAACACACUGACUUGAAUUUAUUGAGGCUUUUGGUUCAGGUGGCAAUGCUUCAUUUUUCACCCAGUGUGUCAUGAGAAACCCACCUGCACCUGUCAGCUACACUUAAUUAGAUCGUUCAGAUCAGGUGUGUAUACUUAAGUCAUGAAAACCUGAAACUGCAGGAUCUCACAUAUUAGGAAAGCUCAGGCAGCUAAAUGGACAUUCAGCAGCAAAAUUGGCCAUACCUGGAGGCCAUCCAGGAAGAAUCAGAGCAGGAAGAUGAAACCGAUGGAAGCACAACAGGAGAAGGAGAAGAGGAUUUUCAAAUUCAAGAAGGUGUGGAGACAAAGGGAGUGCAGGUAGAAGAGGAGAGUGAUGAGGAAGAUGACGGUUCUCUGCUGAAGGUUCUGAGAUGUGGGCGACAGCUUCCUUCUCUCAGCCAAAGGAGUUCUUUAAAAAUGCAAUCUACCUUCAGUGACCAGAAAGAAAUGAAGAAUUUCACUGUGUCAGAUUCCACCAAACUUAGAGCGGAUUUAAGUGAUGAAGCUACAUCGCCUGCGCCACCAAGGCUAGGAAAACAGAAGUGCUCUAGUAGUGGGGCGGUGAGAGUAAAGAUCAGACUGCAAAAACAUAAACCACUUAAACAAUCAGUGCAGAAGACAACAAAGAGGACAAAGAAAAACACUGAGCACUUUCCUCAGUGGCUGGUGAGCCUGAUGGUCAACAUCGAAGAGGCAACAACACACCAACUGGUGGUUGAGUAACACUCAUCAUCACAGGCUUCACAAGGUCAGCGUGAAACACGGCGGCCACAUCAAGCAAUGACCUCGUUGGUCGAUACUGAAUGUAGAACAAACUUGCCACGGUUUACGUUACCACAUUAAGGGUUAUUAGCACUGAGAGGAAAGUCCAUCACAAUGUGCAAGUCACUGUUAUUUUUUAGCUAUUUUCAGUGGGGGAGAAAAAUACACUUUAUUUUUGAUGUUAGUUUUGUGUACUAUUAAAUAAAUUGAUUAGCUCUGUUUGUUUAAUUAUAAUUUCUGUGUCCUGGUUUAACCCCAUGUUGACCUGCCCCAUACAUCAAGCCUACAGCUGUUAAACUAAUAUAUGCUUCAACCAAAACAGGCCUGAGGUUCCUUUUGGCAGCUUCAGCCUGAACCCAUUUACCUUUUUCAUAAGUCAGUGUUCAUUUGAAUGAACUCUGAAAGGCGCCACAGCAGGCACAGUCACAAAGCUAACUAUGUACUUAACUUUAAGGGAAAAGGUUCUUGCACUCUGCCUCAGUUUUUGAGGAAAAAAAACCUAAAAUGAUAUACCCAAAUUAAAACGGCUGUAGCUCCUGAACCACAUGGACUAUAUCAAUAAAUCUGGCCUUGCCAGAAAGGAACUCCCCCCAAGGUUAUUUUGUAAAAAAAAAACACUCAGGGUGACACAGAAACAGAGCAGCAGGCCUCUAAAUUCAGAAUGAAUGAAUAAAUAGGCUUGCUUGAAAUAAAAUUGCAUAUUACCUGCCUGUGGCUUUAUAAUUCCGCACAAAUGACACAGUGGGGUUGUGAAAUGCAGUUUAUAGCGAUACAUCAAGUUUUAUUAGGUUAUUAGUUUGUACAAAAAAAGCUUAUGCUGGGUGUAACCAUAACUAUGAGUGUAAAAUAAAUGGACAAAUUAUAUUUGCUUCCCGGAUGUAAUGAAAUGAAGAGAAAAUGGUUAUGAAAUACAGUACUAUUGCACCAUGGCUUUUUCCAAUCAAAAAACUCCACACUCUCAACUCUUGUUAUGCCAGUAGUAGUUUUGCUCAGUUCCAAGUAUGCACAGGGUUUAUUUACUCAUUGUUUUAGUGUUUUUCAUUGUGAUCAAGCUCCACCUCCUCACCACCAACAGCUUCCAUGACCCUAACUGACCCUGCGAGCGUCACAGAGACAUGCUAAUCUUCAUCAUCUCAUCUUCUUAAAUAUGUUAGAGUUCAGAGGAAUUUACACUGUAAUAUCAGGAGUGUUGUGUUUAAAACAAACAAACAGAUCUUACAAAAUGAAAGGAGUACACAGCAUAAGUGGUGCCGAGGUACUCUACCUGGCAUUUGCCAUAGAUAGUUAUGACAAAUACUACACAAAUGACACAACCAAUUACUAGCAUCUUUCUUCAGAUAAACAUGUUGUGAUUCUAGCAGCACCUUCCAUAAUGUUAGGGUUAUGCAAUGCUCAAGGGGAAUUAGUUUGUUUAUCCGUCUGCCUAAUAAGAGCUUCACCAAAGAUACUAAAGGGACAAAUAAGGUUUUAGUGUCAAAACAAUCUGUCAGCAUGGCUUCACAGAAUAGGUGUGACAACAACAAUCACAGACAGAGCUUUUAUAAUCAGUCAUUUUCUCAUAGGGUUGGAUUAUCUAGCAUUCCUUAUUAUGUGUCUUCAAAAAAGGUAUUCAUGUGAUUGUUUUUAGAAAUCCCCAUGUAAAGACGAGUCAUUUGGUCGUUCAAAAACAGAGUUGUUUUGAUGUACACUUCAUUGCUUCAUGUUCCAGAGUCAAUAUUGACUACAGACCUCGUGAACCUGGAUCUAUGUACGUCAAGCAGGGCCACCCACUGCUUACAGCAGCUGUCUCAAAAUAUUUUAUAUCUGUGGUCACUCUGUCAAUCAUUAAGUUUUGUGGAGGCCAGAUCUCCAUAUAAAUCUUGCUGGUUCAGAGAAGUCACUUCAGAGGAAAAACUACAGUCAUACAGAGCAGUUUUCAAAGACAAGUCCAAAAAAAAGUCAAGAUAUUUAUCUGAAGACAGGAGAUGCCUGGAUUAUAUAAGAAGCUGAUCUUUGUGCCAGCUCUGACUCUGGCUGUCUUAGCUGUGGUGAGGUCAUCCCCAUUGGUGGAACCGGAGCCUAUCCGCUGUGUCCCCUGUACGCAGGAGAAACGGAAAGACUGUCCCACCGUCCCAGCAAGCUGUAGACAGGUGCUGAGGGAGCCUGGCUGUGGCUGCUGCAUGGCCUGCGCUCUAGAGGAAGGAGCAUCCUGUGGGGUCCACACAGCCCCUUGUGGUGAGGGUCUCCGAUGCACUCCCAGGGCUGGUGAAGCCAGACCUCUCCACGCUCUGACCAGAGGACAAGGGGUCUGCACUCAAGACCUAGGCCAAGAGGAUACUGAUGGAGUCCUUGACCAUGGCUCCCUGCACUACCUGUUGGGUUUCAACCUUCCCCUUGAACACCAAGACACUGCUGAGGGCCAAGAGACCAUCAAGGCCAAGAUCAAUAUUAUUCGUAACAAAGUGGUACAGCAGGGUCCCUGUCACAUUGAACUGCAUGCAGCACUGGACAUGAUAGCCAGCUCUCAGCAAAAUCUAGGAGAGAUGUUUACAAGUUUCUACCUCCCCAACUGUGACAAACAUGGCUUCUACAAGGCCAAGCAGUGUGAGUCAUCUCUGGUUGGACCGCCUGCUCGCUGCUGGUGUGUCUCUUACUGGAAUGGGAAGAAGAUCCCAGGAUCGAGUGACCUGCUCGGUGACUCUGACUGUCAUCAAGAAGUCACUCACUGAGGAAUGGACGUUAAAGGCUUUUAUCAAAACACUUACAUACACACACAGAUGCAUACACAAACACCUACAGUCACAACCAUGCAUGUUUUCUAACUUAAUAUCAGGUAAAUCUACAUGCAAUCCCCAGAUGAUUUUAUUUUAUUUUGUUUUUAAACAUUCAGACAAAAUCUUAUUUCAAACGAGGAAUUCACAUUUUAUUUACAUGAUGUACGUAUCAAGACUUAUUUAUUCACUAUCUGUAUAUUCUUACUAGCAUUAACUAUUUGUCAUUUUUAGAUUUUUUUUAUAAGCCUAUUUUUUCCAAUUGUAAAUAAGGACUGUAAGACUGUAUACAUUUGUGUUUCUGACUAAAUAACUCCACUGCUCAAAACCACAGGUCUGCAGCUGUGCCAAACCCAUUUCAGAGUCUUCAGCAUCAGUUUUUAAAAAAUUCAUUCAAAACUGGAGCUGUGCACGGUACAAAACAACACAGCUGCUCAUUCAUUCAUCAUGUUGACAUUGUCUGAAUGUAUCUCCAUUGGUGUUUCCUUAAUGGGUAUUGGUGGAAAUACUUCAAGUGCCACAAGUAUGUGAACAGUGGCCAAGCACAAACAUAUCAGGGCAUAUCCAAGCCGCCGUGAGGUUUAGGACAGGUUGUUCUGCAUUUGACUACCUCUACAGGUCCACAGGUUUAGCAGAGGGUUGCUGAGGGCUCUUCUCAGCUACAUCUUUCUCACCUUCUAUUUGUCUAGAGGGUUGUUGUGAUUUUAGCAUCUAUUUUAAUAUUUAUUAUGAUUCACUUUUUUUAUCUUAAGUGUAGUGGACUGAAUUGUGUAUAUUUUUU